GUUUACAUGAUUUACAGCUUGUCAAAAAAAAAUUGCGUGUGUGAUGAGUGUUAAAAUUGCACCUCUUCAAUCUUACUCUUAAAGUCUUGUUUCGCGUUAAAUUGCUCAUCACCGUCAUCGUUUGUGAAUGUUAACAAUAUCUCGUCGACAAUUAUAAUCCACACUUUAAUGUACUACCAACGUCAACUGACCGAAUUCAAUCUGUAAAACCAGCUACAGCAACUGAAAAUCGGAGGUGUGUGUACAACUGGAACAACAACAAUAUGUGAUUAUGGCUUGUAUCUUAAAACAUUUUGCCGAGACAACAAUAAAAAUACCGCACUAUCAUCUCGUCGACGGUACAACAUUUUAUGAUAUUCAUGUGACCGUUGGAAAGAUCAAUUGGACGGUACAGCACCGUUUCAAGGAGUUCGACGAACUGAAUGAAAAAUUGGUAACGGGGCACAGUAUCAGCUCAGAUUUGAUGCCACCGAAGAAGGUACUCGGUAAUCGUAACCCAGAGUUUCUAGUGCAACGUCAAAAAUUGCUGGAAAUCUAUCUGCAAAAAGUGCUCAUCUUCUUUCGCUACACAAUGUGCCGCGAAUUUGUGGAAUUUUUGGACUUCAACAAAUAUGACAUCAUUUACCUGCUGCAAGACAUCAGCAACAAUUUCUACCAACAAGGCGAAACCAUUUUGGCUGCAUCAAAGGUACACGAAUUUACGACGUUGGAUCUGUACUCAAUUACCGAGCGACUGAAACUGCCGUGUCCAAGUUCGGAUAGCGUGCGGAAAAAUUUCGAUUUUUCCCAUGUGCUGGACUUUUGCUCACAAUUACAAAGUUUGGUAGUUCGUCCACGGAAGGGUCAACAGCAGCCGGAAGCAGUACCGAAAAUCGAACUGAACACAUCGAUCGGUACGAGCAAUAUCAUACCGGGAAAUCUCAAAUUUGACUUGAAUGCGUUUAGGUCGCUGAAAUCGUUCAAGAUGUACGGUAUACGUACCGAAAAUAUUUACGAUGCAGGCGUUUUGCGACAAACCAUUUCUCAUUUGUCUGUACAUAGCACGUCAACCACUCAAAUUAAUCAAAUUCUACUCUGUGAUUGCAUCCACAAAGACGACAACAUUGACACAACGAAAAGUUGGACAGAACUGAAAUCGGCCAAUUUUUCGUCGAAUUGUAUCCAGUCGAUUGACCCCAGCAUCAAAUUGCUCCCGAAACUGAAAACAUUGAUACUCGACCGAAAUCACAUCACAGCCAUAUCCAACUUGAGUCAUCUUCCAUACCUGAGUUCGUUAAGCCUAUGUGAAAAUUUCAUUACCGAAUGCAUCGACUGCCACUUGGAGUUGGGCAAUCUGAAAACGUUAAAAUUGUCGCAAAAUCGAUUGACCUCGCUGAGUGGAUUCCGGAAAAUGUAUUCGUUGGUGACGUUGGAUGUUAGCUGUAAUCUGAUCGCCGACAUUGAGGAAAUUAACCAUGUGGCUGGUUUACCAUGUCUAGAAGAAUUAAUUUUGACAGCGAAUCCCGUUGCCGGUAUAGUGGAUUAUCGUCAACGCGUUCUAUCGAGAUUUGGUGAUCGAUGUACGGAACUAUACCUGGACAAUGAAAAAGCUGAGGGUACCGAAAUUGAUAUGGCCUUGGUGUUGGCUGCUUUAAGACAAUCGGAAGCGAAACCACCAUUGCUACAAACCAGUUUUGUUACGGAGAGGUAGCAAUUAAUUCCAAUUUUAUUGUUUGUUGUUUUCACAUGAUGUGCACUUUUGAAGUUAUACAAGUUGUAGUGUGCUGUUAUAUAUACAUCGUUUGAAUAUAAUAUAUAUUUAUCUAAAGUGAUAAUUAUUUUA